GUAGGAUUCCCUGCCGCCGCUGCCGCUGCCGCCGCCGCCGCUGCGCACGGCUCUCCCGCUCUCCCGCUCGGUCGUACGGACAUCGAGCACAGAGGAGACUAUGUGUAAUUUUUCUUCAUCUGCUCAAAACAAGUUCUGACAUCCGGAACCGAGGAGGACGGUAUCAGCGGGAGAAAUGCAUGCGCACGUAUAAAUACGAAAACAGCGGGAGCCUGAGAGACUGGAGAUGCUGCACUGAUUGAGAAGGGGAUUCCUGCACGAGAAGAAGAAGAAGAAGAAGAAGAGGAGGCUGGGGCUCAACUGAUUUUUCUGUAUAUGUGCUGGGAAUGUCUGCACGCUCUGUGAUCACAUCAACACCUUUGGUCGUGUAGUUUGUCCUCUGUUGUCAUCACACCGGAACUGUCAUUUCACUAUAUUUUUCCGCGGGGUCUGCAGCGUUUGUAGAAGUGCAGCCUGUUACCCUGACCCCCACUGUACUUUGUAAAACCCAGACCUAUUUCGUGACGUGCCUGCGCAGCAUCUUUUACACAACAUCCAGCGGUAGGGGAGCUGCUGCGUGAGGGGUUUUCACCGGUGGUUCGUCCCCGCAGAGCGCAGCAGCGACCAGCAGAGAUGGACAAACACAUUGCGCCAUGCGUCAGCCUCACGGGAUGUCAAACACACGCUUUGCUCAUCCGCUAAAACAAAAUAACUCUCCUCAACUUCGACACCUGAAGACAGCUCACCCCUCCCCAUCAUCCUGAACAACUGAAAUAACUUUUCCUCUCCUCCUCCUCCUCCUCUCCCUCUCCCUCUCUGGUGAUACCUCCGUAGGAUCUCCAUGAAGCGACGCAUCGGGUGAUUAUACUUUGUUGGGGAUUUUGCUCUUUGUACACCGGGACAUCAUGUGGACGCCGACGGAGGACGAGAAAAUAGGAGUGGUGAUCUGCAGCUUCCGGGGAUCAGUGACUCAGGGUUUGGCUCUGGAGGUGGGAGAGACGGUUCAGAUUCUGGAGAAAUGUGAAGGAUGGUACAGAGGGUUUUCGACGAGGAAGCCGAAUGUCAAGGGAGUUUUUCCAGCCAACUACAUACACUUGAAGAAAGCCAUCGUCACCAACCGAGGGCCGCAUGAGACUGUGGUGCCUCUCGAGGACCCCAUCGUCACCGAGGUGACAUCCACGCUGCAGGAAUGGGCCUUACUGUGGAAGCAGCUCUACGUGAAACACAAGGUGGAUCUGUUCUACAAGGUUCGCCACGUGAUGAUGGAGCUGAUCGACCUGAGGCGGCAGCUCCUGUCCGGUCACCUGACGCAGGACCAGAGCCGAGACGUCAAGAGACACAUCACCGUCAGACUGGACUGGGGCAAUGAACACCUGGGUCUGGACUUGGUGCCGAGGAAAGAGUUUGAGAUGGUGGAUGAAGAGCAGAUAAGCGUCUCAGAUCUUUACAAAAUGCACCUGUCCAGCAGACACAGCGUCCAGCAGAGCACCACACAGGGCGACGGUACGCGGCAGCGACACGGGGAGCCAUGUCGAGUUCCGGUGCCGCACCACCUGCUGGUCAACCUGAAGAGCUUCACCUACAACAGCAUCGGAGAGGACACGGACAUUUUCUUCUCUCUGUACGACCUGAGAGAGGGGAAGACCAUCAGUGAGAAGUUCAUGGUGAGGCUGAACAAGAACGGAGGACCCAGAAAUCCAGAGAAGGUGGACAGGCUGUGUGCACUCUUCACGGACCUGAGCAACAAAGACAUGAAGAGAGAUCUGUACAUCGUUUCACAAGUGAUCAGAACAGGUCGUAUGCUGCUGAACGACAGUAAGAAAGGACCUCCCCACGUUCAGUAUCGCCGACCGUACGGCUGCGCCGUCCUGGCCAUGAGCGACGUGCUGCAGACCAUCUCCGAACUCAAAGAGGAGAAAGACUUUGUGCUUAAAGUCUACACGUGCAACAAUGAGAACGAGUGGUACCAGAUCCACGAGAACAUCAUCCGCAAGUCCAGCACCAAAUACACCGCGCCCAGCACCAACUAUGGUCUGAUCAUCUCCCUGCAGCUGCUGAGAGGCGACAUGGAGCAGGUCCGCAGGGAGAACCCUCUCAUUUUCAGCAGAGGGGUGGCCAUCACACGCAAACUGGGGUUUCCAGAUGUCAUCAUGCCAGGUGAUAUCCGUAAUGACCUGUACCUGACCCUGGAGCGAGGGGAUUUUGAGAGAGGAGGGAAGAGCGUCCAGAAGAACAUUGAAGUCACCAUCUAUGUGCUUUAUGCUGAUGGAGAGAUCCUCAAGGACUGCAUCUGUCUGGGUUCAGGGGAGCCCAACAUGCCAGAGCACCGCUCCUUCGUCCUCUACCAUAACAACAGCCCUCGAUGGAGCGAAGUGAUUAAACUGCCGAUUCCCAUCGACCGUUUCAGAGGGUCCCACCUACGCUUCGAGUUCAGACACUGCUCCACAAAGGACAAAGGAGAGAAGAAGCUGUUUGGUUUUGCCUUCACUCCCCUGAUGAGGGAGGAUGGAACCACUCUUUCAGACGAGAGCCAUGAACUCUACGUUUACAAGUGUGAUGAGAACACGACCUUCAGUAACCACGCCCUCUACCUGGGCCUGCCCUGCUGUAAAGAAGACUUCAACAGCUGCCCCAGCAUCCCCUCCAGCCUCAUCUUCCAGCGCAGCACCAAGGAGACCUUCUGGAUCUCCACACAGCUCUCCUCCACCAAGCUCACUCAGAACGUCGACCUCCUGGCCCUGCUCAAGUGGAAGGCCCAUCCGGACCGGGUCAUGGACAUUCUUGGCCGGCUACGACACGUCAGUGGAGAAGAGAUAGUGAAGUUUCUCCAAGACAUUCUGGACACCUUAUUCUCCAUCUUGGACGACAACACGGACAAAUAUGGACCACUGGUGUUCCAGUCAUUGGUAUUCAUCAUAAACCUGCUCAGGGACAGUAAAUACUACCACUUCAGGCCGGUGAUGGACACGUACAUCCAGAAACACUUUGCCGGUGCACUGGCCUACAAAGAGCUGAUCCGCUGCCUGAAGUGGUACAUGGACCGCUCUGCAGAGGUGGUCAGGCAGGAUCACAUACAGGAAGCCAUGAGGGCCCUGGAGUACCUGUUUAAGUUUAUUGUCCAGUCUCGGAUCCUUUACUCUCGGGCCACGUGUGGGAUGGAGGAGGAGCAGUUUCGCACCAGCAUCCAGGAACUCUUUCAGUCGAUCCGUUUCGUCCUCAGCCUGGACAGCCGCAACUCAGAGACCCUCAUCUUCACACAGGCCGCCCAGCCUUGUCCAGGCACAAAUCAAGCCCCAGGCCCUGGCAUUGGGCCUGCUGCUCCCUUAGCACUAGCCCCUGCUCUGGGCCAAGCCCAGCCCCUUGCCCCAGGACAGGCUCCUGGCAGCGGGCAAGCCAACUGCACUCAGGCCUGGAGCUCCAACGCUCUGCGGCCGUCUCCACUGUCAGCUGCUCUGCUGAACUCGUUCCCGGCGAUCUUCGAUGAGCUGCUGCAGAUGUUCACGGUGCAAGAAGUGGCAGAGUUUGUGCGCGGCACUCUGGGCAGCAUGCCGUCCACGGUGCACAUAGGACAGUCCAUGGAUGUGGUCAAACUGCAGUCCAUAGCCCGGACUGUGGACAGCAGGCUCUUCUCUUUCCCAGAGUCUCGAAGGAUCCUGCUUCCUGUGGUCCUGCAUCACAUCCAUCUCCAUCUGAGGCAGCAGAAAGAGCUGCUCAUCUGCUCUGGAAUACUCAGCUCGAUAUUCUCUAUUAUCAAGACCAGCUCACUGGACACGUCAGUGCAGGAGGAGGUGGAGAUGAUGGUGGAGUCUCUAUUGGACGUCCUCCUGCAGACCCUGCUGUCCAUCAUGAGCAAGAGCCAAUCGCAGGAGGCGGUAAGGGGUCAACGCUGUCCGCAGUGCACCGCGGAGAUCACUGGAGAGUACGUGUCCUGCCUCCUGUCCCUUCUCCGCCAGAUGACAGACAUCCACUUCCAACACCUGAUGGAAAACUUUCAGAGCAAGGAGGAGCUCAAGGAGUUCUUGUUGAAGAUCCUGUGUGUGUUUAGAAAUCUGAUGAAGCUCAGCAUUUUCCCCCGCGACUGGAACGUCAUGAGACUCCUCACCAGCAACAUCAUCCUGACCACAGCUCAGUAUCUGUCUCCUGCUCUGCACAAGAACUUCACAGAAGCAGAAUUUGAUUUUAAGGUGUGGAACUCCUACUUCAGUUUGGCGGUACUGUAUAUCAACCAGCCCAGUUUACAGCUGGAAAGCCUGAGCCCUGCGAAGAGGAAGAAGGUUUUAGACAAGUACGGUGACAUGAGAGUGAUGAUGACCUAUGAACUGUUCAGCAUGUGGCAGAACCUGGGUGAGAAUAAGAUCCACUUCAUCCCCGGUAUGAUCGGUCCGUUCCUGGGAGUGACGCUGGUCCCUCAGGUGGAGGUUCGAAACAUCAUGAUCCCCAUCUUCCAUGACAUGAUGGACUGGGAGCAACGCAAGAACGGGAACUUCAAACAGGUGGAGGCUGAGCUGAUCGACAAGCUGGACAGUUUGGUGUCCGAGGGGAAAGGUGACGAGAACUACAGAGAGCUCUUCGGUUUGCUAACCCAGCUGUUUGGGCCGUACCCCAGUCUGUUGGAGAAGAUUGAGCAGGAGACGUGGAGGGAGACGGGGAUUUCCUUUGUGACCUCAGUCACACGGCUGAUGGAGCGACUGCUGGACUACCGAGACUGUAUGAAGGGAGAUGAGACAGAGAACAAGAAGAUUGGCUGCACUGUGAACCUCCUGAACUUCUACAAGUCAGAGAUCAACAAGGAGGAGAUGUACAUCCGCUACAUCCACAAACUGUGUGAUAUGCAUCUACAGGCGGAGAACUACACCGAGGCUGCGUUCACUCUGCUGUUGUACUGGGAGCUGCUGCACUGGGACGAGCGGCCUCUCAAAGAGUUCCUGCACUAUCCUGCUCAGACAGAGUGGCAUCGCAAGGAGGGGCUCUGCCGCAAGGUCAUCCACUACUUCAACAAGGGAAAGUGUUGGGAAUAUGGAAUACCCCUUUGCAGAGAGCUGGCCUUCCAGUAUGAAUCUCUGUACGACUACCAGAGUCUGAGCUGGAUACGGAAAAUGGAGGCGGCAUAUUAUGACAACAUCAUGGAGCAGCAGCGUCUGGAGCCAGAGUUCUUCAGGGUCGGGUUCUACGGCCGGAAGUUCCCUUUCUUCCUCAGAAACAAAGAGUUUGUCUGUCGUGGCCAUGACUACGAAAGGUUAGAGGCCUUCCAGCAAAGGAUGCUGGGAGAAUUCCCACAAGCCAUUGCAAUGCAGCACCCCAAUCAGCCAGAUGAGGCUAUUCUGCAGUGUGAUGCACAGUACCUCCAGAUCUACGCCGUGACACCGGUACCAGACAGCGUCAGCGUGCUGCAGAUGGACAGAGUGCCGGACCGCAUCAAGAGCUUCUACCGGGUCAACAACGUUCGUCGUUUCCGUUACGACCGGCCCUUCCACAAAGGACCCAAAGACCGAGACAAUGAGUUCAAGAGUCUGUGGAUUGAAAGGACCACCCUGAUCCUCACUCACCCUCUGCCUGGGAUUUCACGCUGGUUCGAGGUGGAAAAGAGAGAGCUGGUGGAGGUGAGUCCGUUAGAAAACGCCGUCUCUGUGGUGGAGAAUAAGAACCAGGAGCUGCGGACUCUGAUCAGCCAGUACCAACACAAGCAGCUGCACGGCAACAUCAACCUGCUCAGCAUGACCCUGAACGGAGUCAUCGACGCCGCCGUCAACGGAGGCAUCGCCAGAUACCAAGAGGCUUUCUUUGAUAAGGAGUAUAUCACCAGCCACCCUGAGGACACGGAGAAGAUCACACAGCUCAAAGACCUGAUGCAGGAGCAGGUUCACAUCCUGGGAGUCGGCCUGGCGGUGCACGAGAAGCUGGUGCACCCUGAAAUGCGCCCCCUGCACAAGAAGCUGAUCGAUCAGUUCCAGAUGAUGAGGAGCAGCCUCUGCCACGGUCUGCCUGGUUUAGACAAGACCGGCUCAGGAGCCAACACUCCCAGAGGGAUCCUGGCCUCUCACAGCCCCAUGAGCCCCGAGAGCUUCAAGAUCAUGCACCGGCACAGUGAGAUGGGGAACGUUGGCAAUCUGCUGAUCCUGGCUGACGGCAUGGUGGUGGAGCACCCCGAGGACUUCUACCGCAUGCAGGCAAGCCCCUCCUCCUCCAGCCUUAGCUCCACCCACUCUGCGCCCUCUCAGAUGAUAAACUCCACCCCCUCAACCAUCAGAGUCGGCUCUCCUUCUCUACCAGACAAAUACAGACACAACAGAGAGAUGCUGAUGCUGCUGCCGCCGCACAGAGAGCGGCCGAGCAGCGCGAUGUACACCAACAUCACGGAGAACGGACAGCCCGUGAACUUCCAGCGGGCGUUGUUCCACCAGGUGAUCGGUCCAUGUAAACCCUGCAGCGACCCCAACCUGUCUGUAGCUGAGAAAGUCCUCACCACCCCCAGUAGUUGGAGUUUGGACAGUGGUACCAGAGAAGCCCUCCCCUUCCUCUCUGCCCACGUUGGCAGCGUCAUGGCGCCUCCUGUUCCCCCACGCAACCUGCCUCAUGGGCAACACCUGUCGAUGCACUUUGACGCUUUCCACCACCAGGUCAGCGACCUCCCUCCAGCUCUCCCCGCGCGCUCCUUAAGAAAGUCUCCCCUGCACCCUAUACCUGCCUCGCCCACCAGUCCACAGUCCAUCCUGGAUGGCAGUAACUCCACCUUGUCAGGCAGCGCCAGCUCUGGAGUCUCCUCCCUCAGCGAGAGCAACUUCGGCGGCCCCGCCUCCUCCUCCGACCCCCCGGCCAGCCGCACAGACACCCUGGAGUCCGUCCCCAGCAGCCAGGCCUGGACCACCGACCAAGAAGACCUCGACUCGCCUUACCAGCCCGUCAGGUACAGCGUCUCUGAGCCCGAAGUCCUGGACGGAGCCAAGCCCCCACCCUGCCGCAGCCAGUCCGCCCCGGGAGGCGUCGCCCCGACCCAGGCGGGCGGCCAAAUCCAGCCCCAGGGUUCGACCGCCACCGGAGCUCCACAACCACAACCGCAGCAGCAGGACGGGCUGCCGCACCCGCAACACCACUACUAUCACCACCACUUCCACCCACACUACAUCCCCCACCACCCGCCUCUUUACCACCUCCACGAGCCUCCCCCAGCCCUGCCCCCCAAACCCUACCUCAGAGAGGGGUGUAUCCCUGAAGAAGACGCCCUCAACGCCCAGUCUGCACCUCCUCCUGCGCCCCGGCCCAUGCCCCGCAAGAUCUCCCAGCCCAUAAUCGCAGCAACCAAGGAUGAGCAAGCUAAGGUGGCGUGGGAGCACGGCAUCAGUGAGGAGUAAGACGAGGACGGCGAUUCGUAGAGAUGUGUAGGAUUUGAAUAAACUCUUUUCAGAAGAGAGAAAGAAAGAGAGAGAAGUGAGAACAAGAGCCAAACGAAAACUGAUGAAAAUGAAAAGUGAUGUUGAGAGAAACAGUCAGAUUCCCCCUGUUGUUUUAGUCCAAUGAUUAAACCUUAAAGUUAAAGUUUCAAAUGAUCUGCUCCCUCACAUCCCACCGCCGUUAACCACCUCCUGUCAUCUGUGGAGGAGCAAACCAAGGAAUAAUGAAUCAGUCCGCCCCUUCAUUAAACCCGUCAUCAUGUUUCUAAAUUCUGACACCUGCACAGAUCUCAUGUUAGUUAUUGAUUCAUUUUCAUCAAUGACAUUGAUCAAACGUUAUCGUUCAUGAAGGGAAGACGUGCUGUUGAUACCUCGCUCUGAUGACGUGAAGACAAGCGGCACUUUAACGAAGCACCAGAGCAACACAACUGAGAGUUAAGAGUUAUAGUUUUUAUAAACGCAGAAAGAUCAAAGCAGAGACGGGAGCUGAUGCACGAAGGUAAAGUGACUGAAAACAAAAAGACCAAAACAUAAAGAAAGUGGGAACAAUGAAGACACGAGACACGUUUAGUUCUUCCACCUGAACAACAGCUUCAUGUUAUUCCUGGAUGCAUCAACAACCAACGAGCGUCUGACGGAGCCGGAGAGUCUUUAUAUCAAAGCGUGUAGAUAAAUGUAAUACGGUAUACAGAUGUGUAUAAAUAUAAUUUAUAUUUAAUCCUUAUACUUUUGAUUGAAAGGUGAAACCUAUGUAGAAAUAUGCAAGUUAAAUGGCUUCUGGAGCCACGAGUAGCUGCUUGAUGAUACAUGAUGUGACGCCGCCUCACACACAAACAGCAGCAGCUUCUAACGUCCGGAAGACGUUGAAUCCAGCAACUUGAGGGUUAAAGAACUGGUUUAUUUAUGAUUGUGAUUUGGAAAAAGACUGUGAAGGUUGGUUUUUGUUUUUGUUUUUUAGCUGAGGAUGUUUGAGGGACGAACCAGUAAAUGUGUGCGAGGCAUUAGAUGGAUUUAUAGAGAAUAUUAACUAUAAUAAAUAUACACUUUUUGCCAUUUUUUUAUGAAAGUAAUGAACUGUAAUGACUGUACAUUUUUUUAAUCAGGGUCCUGUUUUGUAUGCAUGUUCAUUUAAUGAGUCGUGGGACAGACUGUGAGCGAUGCACAAAGGUGAAUUAGAGGAAGCACUGGAGGAUUGCUGUGCACUGAUGAAACACUUUCACUUAAAUCACCCAGGAUGUGAAAUCUCUGUGAUAAAGUAACAGAACUGUGAAGGAUAAUACUUUGUUUUUGUUUUGUUUUUUUAUUUUAAAUAUGUGAAACGUUUGACUUGUAGCCACCAGCUCAGACUGAACACACUCUGUCCUGCUGUAAUCCACCUCCUCUCCGUUCUGUCUCAGACGGAAAGAACUGAAGUGUGAUCAGCCGUUAGCUCGUCUGGUUUAGCCUCUUAGCGACCGCUCCUUGGUUCUGUCACAGAUUCACCUGAUGCUGGAUCUGAUUCUCACUGUAACCACACAUGAUGUAACGGUGCAGACUGUAACCUCUUAAAGGUACGAGAAACUCAAAAUCCUGAAUUUGCAUUAACUGACACAAAGUUAAAGGAGAAGGCUGCUAAUAUCCUGUCAUCUCACGUCAUGACAGAAAAUAGACCCCAAACACACACACACACACACAGGCCACCUGGUUUAGUAAAUACUGAGCAGUUUGAUGAUGAAACUAUAUAUUUGCAAGGUGUUUUUGAAGGUUUGUCUUUAGAGCUGCGAGUCACAGACAGAAGGAAAUGAAAAAGUAGAGUCUGUGUUUGUUUCCAUCAGCUCCCAGAAUAAUCAUCAAUAACCGUACAAGUGUAAUCCAUAAGCUCCUGAUUUAAUAUUGACUAUUAAUAUUGACUAUUUUUAUUUCCUGUUUCCUUCAACGAUGCAAAAGAUCCAGAUGUGGAACGACGUGCGUCACCUUCAGUGUAGCAGCAGCUGUGUAACUGUAGGAAAAGCACAGGUGUGAUUAAUGACAUUGAUGAGUGUGUGCCGGCCCCCGGGGGCCCCUGUAUGUCUGCACGCUGCCUCACUGGUAACACUAAAUGGAGCGCAGCCAUCGUUAUAUCAUGGCGUCAGUUCCACCUGCGACAGGAGCUGUAGUUUAGAGCAGGUGAGUGUUUGACUCGUUAAUCACGUCUCCACUUGUGUCUUUAUUCCGACCCGUAACGUUGAGCAGCUCGUCUCCUCCUCCCUCCCUCCGGACACACUGAUCCACAGAUUGUUUGGGCUUGUUGUUGUGGACUGAGUGGUCACAGAAACAUAUUUACUUCCUCUUUAUCUUCCUGUCGAGGUGACGUGGUGAGUUGGAUUCAGCUUGUGAUUUGUGUUUUUGACCUGGGCCUCGUGGAUUCUGGUGUGAAGCUCGGAGAUCGUUCACGUCACUCUGCGGCCUUCUUGAUUUAUAGAAACACUCCUUCUGUUUUGGCGUGUGAACAUCACCAGUCUGUUGUUGUUAUAGCUCCACACGUUAUAUCGUAUAUAUGUAUAUCUAUAGAUCUGGAGUUUUCUGUUUCUUUAAUGAAAUCUUGCUCCUUCACUUAUUCUCUGCACGAUAACAGUGAAACUCAGUGAAUCUUUCUGAACCACUGAUACUGAUUUUUUUUUCUUGUUUGUUUGGCUGCUGUAUCAGUUUUUCGUCCUUGUGCUAGAAGCUGAGUUAUGAGCUCGUUUUGGGACCGGUGGUUUGGAGGUGUGAUGCUGAUACAGGUGAAGUGUGGCUCAUCGCACUGUAUUAACUGACAAUGUAUUCUCAUCCACAUGUAACCGCUGUGUGUUGGUGUCGAUGUUUCACAGCCACGCUGAGGGGAAAUCCAGAAGCUGUGGUUUAUUAUUUUACUUUUACUUCUAAUGUUAAAAGACACUGAGUUAUUGAACUCUGAGAUCUAAAUGAUGCUUUUCUUCUGUUUGUCGCCCAUAAAUCAGUGACAGAAGGUUUACACACACACACACACAGACAGACAUUUAUACUUGUUGUUAAGAAGGAUGAAUCCCACCCACUGAGUGGAGGGUUUGGGUCAACAUGUUCAUUAGGACUGUUUGGUGCAUCUUUUUUUCUUUGUGGCUGCAAACACUUCCUGUUUCUUGCUCUUGUGACGUGGUUAGCAUCAUCCUGUCUGUGAGGAGUGUGAACCUGGUAACAGCAGUGGAGGAAGAACGCUGAUCCUUUACAGCAGUGAUACCACAGUAUCCACAGUAACAGACUUUCAAUCAAAAUGUUCAAAGUAAACGUUUCAGCAUCAAAAUGUACAUUAAGUACCAAAAGUUAAAAAGUAAGUACUUCACUUUAAUGAUGGGGAUGAUUUAAAUGUAACUUUAUAUACAGCUGCAAAGCUUGUGAAUCAAUAGCUUUGUAAUAACCUAUAAUAAUAUAUAAUGUAUUUGUUGAUUACAGUAUAUUUUGAAUCUGUAAAGUCACCAAAGUCCAUCAGAUCAAUGUAGUUCAGUAAAAAGGACAAUAUUUCUCUUAGUAGUGGAGGUACAAGUACCUCAAAACUUGAGUAAAUGUACCUCGUUACUUUCCACUACUGCUUGUUAAAGCCACAUGUUGGAGGAGGAUCUGACAGCAGCGCACCUCAGUCCAUGUUCCACCUGUGUGUGUUAAUCAUUUUUAUCAUAUGGGACAGACUUUAAACGCAGGGAGAAGGACUUGUUUGGCACGAUGUAAUUUUCAAGGCCAUAUACUAGAUUGUUAGACAGUGUUAAAUGUAUUAGAUAUACAGGCCUAUAAACUCAGUCCACAUUAAAACCAUUUUGAGAAUCACAGCUUGUCAGUCGAGGAGAAACUAUGCAAAGCCCCUUUUUUUUUUUAAUACGAUUUCCAGUUUGAAUUAUUUAGUUGUUUCUUUAAGUCUUGAAGUUUUACUGAAUCAUUUGUUUGAAAUAAAAAUAUCAUACAAUGUCAGUGCUUGAGAGCAGGGAUAUUAGCUGAAGGCUAGCACUUUAUAAAAGUGACAAAGCAAAGUGUUGUAAUAGAUAUCAGCAGGAAGGGCUUGUUUCAUGUGCCAACUGAAGCUUUGUUGGAGAUACUCAGUCAGACGAGCAGUGACCGUGGUGUGACACUAAAACCACUGAGCAGGUUGUAUUUUGACGUUCAGUGUAAAUGCUGAAGCUGAUGAAGAGGAGGUGUGUGUGGGGGGGGGGUCCAGUGCACAGGGGCGCCAGGUUGAUUUCUGUGUACAUAAACAAGGAGAGUGUAUUUAUACCAAUCAUGAAGGGCAAACCUUGUAUAGAUGUAGACUGUGGUUGUCUUGCCUUGUACCUUCUGAUGUAAAACUGUUUUUAAACCUAGACGACAACAAAAAACACAAGUUCCUUUUGUCUAAUGAUUCUGAUGAUUUCAGGGCAGCUGAGGGUUAUUAUCAUUAUUUUGUGUAUUUUGCAUCAAAUCCAGAUAUUGAGUUACUAUGACGAUAUUCCUUUGUACAAUGAUGCUAGUAAGUAUUUCUUGUAUAUAAAAGUCUUUAUUGUGUUAGCAUGGGUAUAAACUGUGACGUGUAUGACAGUAGAUGUAAAUACUCACGUUUUUUUUUCCUACUCACUAAACAAACUGCUGUGUUGUGGAUUCAUGAUUAAUGACAAACAUUAAACAAUAAUGUUUUAUUGACUCA